AUGAAAAAAUUAUAUACUAAAAUAGUCGCCAAGAAAGAGUCAAAGGGUGGAUCGAUUCAACGGCCACCGGCGGCUACCUCACAACUGUCGGAAGACUACGGCUUGAAAGUGAUAUACCAAGGACAGCGGCCGACAAUCGACAUAGUGGCCAUCCACGGCCACGGGGGCCAUUGGAAACGAUCGUGGACCGAUCAACCAUCAGGCACAUUCUGGCUUCGAGACCUGCUACCGAAGGCCGUCCCUGACGCGCGAAUUCUAUCAUACUGGUAUGAUACUUCGAAUUCGUCGACGACCCCUAUUGAGAGUAUCGCCGUUGCUUUUCUAUCAGAGCUCUCUCAGUUGAGAAAGACCACUGCUAGUAAUGAUCGGCCUAUUAUAUUCCUGGCGCACAGUUCUGGGGGCAUCUUUCUUAAGGCUUCGCUCGGUGAAUUCGGUGAAUCCCCCGAGAACCAGGACACGAAAACGGAUUUCAGGAGAAUCAGGUUAUUGACUUAUGGAAUUGUUUUCUUUGGCGUACCUCAACAUGCCGAAGAUGGAUUCGACGUUCUGUCAUCCGCAGAUGCGGAAGCUGGACCUCUUCCCUCCGAGCCGCCCCUGAUGGCAGCCCUCAGACGCGAUCUACUUUGGCUGAAAGAUUCGAAUUUGAAAUUCUCCAGAAUAAGGGCGGAUUUCAUCACGACGUAUUUCACAGAAGCGCCGCCCCCGAUUACUGCUGGACAGAAUCAGGAACCAAUGAUCAAGCCGGAAUCCCCUGACAUUCUCCAUACCAACGUCAUACGCCUGAGCAAGACCCAUGGCGAGAUGAUCAAAUUUCCAAAUGCUGCUGAUAGAGACUUCCAGAAAGUGAGUGCUUGUGUGUAUAUGAUGGUUUCAGAAGCUACGAAGGACACGAAGAUUUGAUGACGACGAUGCAGUCAUGAACGAAGAAUAUAUUCUCUGACAGAGUGGUUAUGAACUUACCCCUUUAUCAUGAUUCUGGUGUUUAUUUGAGAGAUCGUGUCCUGCAGGAGGUCUCAGCUACAAGGUAAAUGCAAAUCAAAGACCUAUAAUAACCGAUUUUUCAGGGCU